AUGAGACCUUUCCUGGCGGACCUACCCGAGGGCCACGGGAGCGUCUAUAAGGAGGUCCGCUUCUCGCCAACUGCGACGCCGCUGCGCCGCGCACAGUCACUCUCCGCUGCUGGUCCAGCGAAGUCAAGAUAUAACCGGCCAUCUAUACUCGAGCGCGCAAGGACUAUGGAUUCAUCCCAUCUCGAUUUGUCGCAAGAUUUGUUGAAGAAACAGCAGAAGUAUUUCCAGGCGGAAAGGGAGCUUUUUGACGAAGAGAGACGACUAUGGGAGAAGGAGCGAUCUCUCCUGAGAUCUCGCAUUGACGAAUUAGAAGCCGUGAUAAACGAUCGGCGCGGAAGGCCUAAUGGAUUAACUUCAAGGCCGUCAUUCGGAUCACCCCCAUUCAAAGCAAACGAUACCAGGUUCCAGGUGGCCCAAGUGUGGGAGGGAACAAGCCCAGGGUCUAUGCCAACAAGGGUCUUCAGAGACGGAGACGUUCCUGAAAGCGCCCACUCGUCGCCAAUCGUCGAAGUCGGGAUUCUCAAGGGUCCGUCCCUUGACGCCGCCCUUUCACCACAAGCAUCGGCCAUAGACGGCUCAGGCACGACUGUUAGCGUCCCAGUCCCGAUCGAAAAGCUUGACAGCAAACUAGACGGGAUCACCCUGAAGUCUACUGCGUUGCCAGCUGGGGUCGUUGCCCGGGUUAUCACCCCACCAUCCCCGUCGUCCCAGGACCCGUCCCCCUCGGGUGCCCCUUCAACCGCUGCAAGGCCGGCGGAAAUAGAACGCCGAAACAGUCUCAGACUGAAGCUGUCAGAGCUUGGCCCGCCCAAUGAGAACCUCGUGAGGAAUGCCGGGCAUACUCCAAUGGCGAUCAUCGAGGCCGAUGGGAGCCUGAGGACUACCCAGGAGGCCACCCCUCUCCCCGAACCCCAGGAAAUCGAUCUCGAGGAGGAAGCCCCUCUGGCUCCCGCCGCAACGCACCUGCAGCCGUCGGAGAAUGCGCAGUCCUAUUUUCCCGAUGUCCCUGACGAUCCUGCCCUGACUGGGCCCCUUGGUCUCACCAACGACGAGGAACUGGAUAACAGUUUCCUCAAUGUUCUGGAUCAAAAACUCUUGGACCAGGCUAGGCGCAUCCUUUCUACGGACGAGUCGGCUGACCCCAACGAAGAAGAUUCAGAGUUGCCUAGCCAGGGAGAACAGGAGCCGGAAAUCAAGUUCAAGAAUUCCACUAAUUUUGGCACUGCCUUUGGGACUGCCUAG